GGAGUACCGCUCCUGCUCCUCCGCGCGCGCGCGCGCGCUCCCGCCCUACACCCCCGUGACGUCCCGCGCCGAGGCGCUGUAGCUGUCUGUACCGCUGUCAUGGCGUCUACGCCUCUCUCUGAAGAGAAGCGGCCAAGAUCUAGAUAGAGUCGGGCUGGCGGCUCGGCAUGGAGAACAGCCCCGAGAGCCGGCAGCCGCUAGGACACGGGGCGGAGGCGGCCGCAGCGCCGGCAGCAGGGACAGCUUUUCUCGAGGGAGGGGAAGAUGAAAACAAGAACAGCGCCGGGCACAACCCUGAAGUGAAGCCGUCUGCAGAGCCUAGCAGCGCUCGCGAUGGGCAGGGGGCGGCGGCCGGCCUCGGGAGCCGCCCGCAAGCGCAUUCUCCCGGGGUCACAGCUGCGGACCCCAGACCCGGCGGCUCCCAGCCGGGCUCGGAGCAGAAACACAAGCGAGAGAGCCCCGCGGCCUCGGAGGCGGCUCCGAGAGGGCAGCACAAGGUGACCGCUGCCUCGGAGAAAGCGGAGGCCGGAGAAGGAGCGGCUCCCCCGGGGACGUGUCCACCGGCGGCUGGAGAUGCCGGCGGCCUGAGCAGCAGCAGCAGCCCGAGCAGCAGCAGCAGCAGUCCCAGCAGCAGCAGCGUCCCGAGCCCUCCCGGGGAAUCUCCGAGCCUGGAUUCCCUGGAGUCGUUCUCCAAUCUACAGUCUUGUCCCAGCAGCUCCGAAUUCUGCAGCGAGGACGGUCCCGAGCCCAAGGGCCCGGAGGAAGAGGAGGAGACCGCGUCCGGCCGAGCUGCUCCUCUCUGUAAGGAGGAGGGAGAGGCCGCCCAGGUGCUGGCGGCCUCCAAAGAGCGCUUCCCGGGACAGUCUGUGUAUCACAUCAAGUGGAUCCAGUGGAAGGAAGAGAACACGCCCAUUAUCACCCAGAAUGAAAACGGACCCUGCCCUUUGCUGGCCAUCCUCAAUGUAUUGUUCCUGUCCUGGAAGGUAAAACUGCCACCAAUGAUGGAAAUCAUAACUGCUGAACAGCUGAUGGAAUAUUUAGGAGAUUAUAUCCUUGAUGCAAAACCAAAAGAAAUUUCAGAAAUUCAACGUCUAAACUAUGAGCAGAAUAUGAGUGAUGCUAUGGCAAUUCUGCACAAACUACAGACAGGUCUGGAUGUAAAUGUGAAAUUCACUGGUGUCCGAACGUUUGAAUAUACACCUGAGUGCAUUGUUUUUGAUCUUCUCGAUAUUCCGUUGUACCAUGGAUGGUUAGUGGACCCUCAGAUUACUGACAUUGUGAAAGCAGUUGGUAAUUGCAGCUACAACCAGUUGGUGGAGAAGAUAAUUUCCUGUAAGCAAUCAGACAACAGUGAGCUGGUUAGUGAAGGCUUUGUAGCUGAGCAGUUUCUAAAUAACACAGCCACUCAACUGACAUAUCAUGGAUUAUGUGAACUUACGUCAGCAGUUCAGGAAGGAGAACUUUGUGUAUUCUUUCGGAACAAUCAUUUUAGCACCAUGACCAAAUACAAGGGUCAACUAUAUUUGCUGGUAACAGAUCAGGGCUUUCUCACUGAAGAAAAAGUUGUUUGGGAAAGUCUACACAAUGUAGAUGGUGAUGGAAAUUUCUGUGACUCCGAAUUCCAUCUGAGGCCUCCCUCAGAUCCAGAAACUGUAUAUAGAGGGCAACAAGAUCAGAUUGAUCAGGACUAUCUUAUGGCCUUGUCUCUACAACAAGAACAGCAAAGCCAAGAGAUCAACUGGGAACAAAUCCCAGAAGGAAUUAGUGAUCUGGAGCUAGCCAAGAAACUCCAAGAGGAAGAAGAUAGACGGGCUUCUCAAUAUUAUCAGGAACAAGAGCAGGCAGCAGCGGCUGCAGCUGCUGCAGCCGCGGCUGCUGCUGCUGCUGCACAAGCCCAGCAGGGCCAGCCAGCACAGGUAACUGCCUCUCCAUUAAGUGGAAGACAAUCUGGGAGUAAUGAACGUAAACGCAAAGAACCUCGGGAAAAAGACAAAGAAAAAGAAAAGGAGAAAAAUAGUUGCGUCAUUCUGUAGCAGGUGUUGGAUUCUGUUGGAGCCAAGUACUUGCCCUGAGAAACAAAACCGUGGGAUGAAAGGAAGAAAAACCGUUCCAUACCGUCUGUGCCUGAUUACCCAAUGGAAUUUGUUCGUGUUUUAAAAGGAAGAAGUUGCUACUUAGUUACAAUCAGACUCUCAGAAUUGCACAGUGUACUCAUUGUGAGCUGGAAUUCCUUGUUACACGUUGGAAGUGUCUGUAUCAUCGAUCAUGAAAAAUACCGCACUUUGUAGCUGAACAUACAAAUCACAGCAAGUUUUGUGUCAUAGUGACAUUUAUUACUCAUCAGUUAGUAAGCUAUCUCAUCUUCUGUUCUAACAAUGAAAGGAGAUAAUUGGUUUUGUCAGGUUCCUUCCUGAAAUCAAAAUAUUAGCAUAAUAAUUUUUAAAAUUAAUUUCCGUGAUGUUUUGUUUGUUACCAGGCCUAGAUAUAAAAGCAUUAUUGCCUGUAAGAAGCUAGCUCUGUUACUUCUUAAGCGCUCAAUGCUUCAAAUAUUGGAUUUUUUUUUAAACCUACAUGUAUGUAUUAGGACAUUUCCACCAUUGCCCCAUGACCACCUCUUCUUGAAGAACAUGUUCAUUUUGGUUACGGUCUCUUUGAGGAUUAAGAAUGGAGCCUCAUUUGAUUAAAAUGGGGGGAGGGUGGCCAACGUGAAGAUCUAUAUUCCUUUUUCCCACAAUAGGCAACUGGGUAUAAUAUUAACACUCUUAUUUUGUCAGUAUAGAUAGCAAUAGUUUGUGGAAGUUUAUCGUUUUGGUUUGGUUUAGCAUUCGUUAUUGUAGGUAAAUUGGACCACACAGUUCCUAUUUAUUGACCACAUGAUAAGCAACUAGUGGGAGAAAACUAGAAUGUAUAAUAGUAGUCUUAUAGAAAUGCAAAUGUAGGAAUCCAGAAUUAACUAAUAUCUGCCUUUUUUCAUGAAAACCUUGAACCUUAACGCUAAGAUUAUGUCCACUUGCCCAUUUAAGCAAGUAAAUUAAAUAUAGAUAUUUUUUUAAAAUCAUGACUAAAUAAAAAGCACACUUCAGAAUGGAAUCUUGAGAGGUCCAGAUACUCUUGUAGUCAGAUGAAAAGGCACUCAUUUGUAAUAUCACUGUCUUCUUUUAGUCACUAGGUUAGAAUUUUGGGAAACUUAUGUAGAAGCAAUCAGAUUUUCUAAUUUAUGGGAACCAAAUAAAUAUGUAAUAUCUAAUAAUCUUUAUAUAGGAUACAGAAAGAGAAUAUUUGUUAACUUUAUUAUGAGGGAAUCAUAAAUUCUCCUGUAUUUCCAGAUACAAUUAAGAAAAUAAUUAUCUUAAUAGUCUUUUUAAUGAGCUUUCUAUGUAGCAGUUUGUUUUAGUCAUUUUGGAAAAAAUUAUUGCUGCUCCAGAAAGUGUUGUGAUUCCCAAUCUAAACCUAGGUAAGUACAUCUACUUAAGAAAUUGUUCUAAGCAUCCAUCUGGAAAAUAACUUUUCUGGUUUGGGAUGACGAUAGACUGCUUAAAAGUAGUCUAGAUUUUUAAUGAUGACUCCUUUAGCUACUACCAAGUGUAAUAUAAUUUCUUAUAGAAAAAGUAGAAUCUUAUUUAUGGAAGGAAUAAUCCUCUUAGACAAAAUCCAGGGUCAAGCUGAAUCAUUAGAUUCCUCUGCAUUGCAUAUCUGUUGUGCAUUACAGAGUUCACUGUACCUUCAACUUUGCUAUACUAACAUGAACAGUUGAAGACCCUGUUUUGAAUAUAAAACUUUGAUAUACAAUGUUUUUUGGAUCUCUUGAUAACUGUUGACAAUUACACAUACAUUGACAACUUAAUAAAAUGUAUGACAUCAUUCUCUGUAGAAGCAAACAGAUUAACCUCCAUCCCAGUACUGAAGCCGUCAAAUUUGUGCUUGAUGCUAGACUAAAAAACACCAUGGUUUAUUUUCUUUACCCAAAAGAGAUCGUAACUGUGUUAUAUUGGAGUGACAAAAAAAAAUAUAAAAACAAAAAGUUCAAGAAAGUCUAAUCUAUAACUAAUGCAGAUUUUGCCACAAUCAUGUACUUAUACUUAUUUAUUGCUUUUAAAAAAAAUAAAUGUGUAAAAGUUGAUCAUUAUCUUCUAGUUCUUUCCAAAGAUAAUACUGCCAUUCUACAUUCCCACUGGAAAAUUACUCACUUAAACCAGCACCAUUAUUAUCCGAGCAAUCUCAAUAUAUAGUUAAAAAAUACUGAAGAUUUUAAUGUAUUUGUUAAUACCACAAUUUUAUACAUAGUAUUUCCAGGUCUUUCUUACAUUCCUAAAAUUCAGUUUGAUGUAUUAGGGCUAAUGAUGAUAAAAUGUUCUUUUUGAUUAGAAUAGUAAGUAAAGGGGGAAAAAUGUCCUGUGCCAUUAAAAGAUAAAACCAAAAAAAAAACCCCACCUUUUCAGAUAUUUUUAUUUCCCUUCAGUGAAGAGGUUAUCAAGAAUUUCAGAGCAACUCUAUCUUAAUUUUCAUAUUUUGUAUUUUUCUUUACAAAUUAUUAGUAUUCAGAUGUUGAGUUGUUGGUUUGGGUGUCUUUGGAUUUGAUAGUUGUAUAUAGUGGUAUUUCCCUGACAGCCUGAACUUGUAAUGACUGAAAUUCAAUAUCUUCUGCAGGUUACAACUUAAGAGAAGGUAAAAAAAAAAUCUAAACACCUUAGUUUGUGACGCACAAAGGGUCUAUUCUGCGCACAAGAAAUCCUUAUCAUCACUGGCAAAAGGAGGCAGGGCAGGGAAUAGACGAGCUGGCUGUCUUACCUGCAGACUUUCCUGCACUUAGCUCCUGCCACUGUGUGAUGCAAUGCAGACAGACAGCAGUGCUUCCAGGUUUUAUGUGUAUGUUGCAAGCAUUUAAAUACACUUUGUAGUUUUAUCGCUAAGAAUCCGUUACAUAUGUUUGUGUAUAUAUGCGCAUACGUACGUGUGUAUGCAUGCAUACGUCUCUUGUUACACCUACAGCCAGAGAAGCUCGAGUCCAAACUGCAGUAAACAUCAUGAGCCACUGGCUAAUAUUUAUAUUGUUACACCCCCAGCUUGGGAAGUGAGCACUUCCGUGUGAGAGAUGAGUACAGUUAAUGAGGCUUCAGUUUACAGCUAGGAUUUGCAACGUAUCUUUUUUCCCUAUUGCACAUUCUGUGUCCUCACCUGUUUGUCCUGUAUUAUGGACAGCACUCUUCCCUUUUAGUCUCAGUUGCUCAAGCUGUUAAUAUUAGAUUAGCUGGCUGAUCAACAUUAAUCAUUUUGGACUUAAAAGCCAUAACAUGAUGAUGUGAAUUGUUUUGGUUCCAAGCAUUUUUGUUUGUGAGUAUGAAUCAGAGCUCUAUUCACCUAGAAACAGAGGGCCUUAUUUUGUAGGCAAGUUUAAGAAAAUCUGUACAAGAAGUUGAAUGUAGACUAGGGAAAGAAAGACAGUGGACUUCAUUGAAGUGGUAGUACAUGGAGCUGUCAUAAAACUGCAGAAAAAGGGUUCAUGAUAGGAGGAUUUCCAGAGCAUUCCUUAAGCAGUCAUAAGUUUUAGCAAAAUCCAUUUUGUACUGCCUUUCAAGUGCUUUGUUUUAACAUUUUCCUGUUUGAUGUGCCAGGUCAUUCAAAGCCCACAGAAAGGAAGACUUAUAUGCUUUAUAUCAGAGUUCACUGUUAGCCACACGGUAGCUUAAUGAAAAAUCUGAUGUAAAACUUGCUAGUAUCUGAUAUUAUUUAGCGAGCCACCCAAGGUGUCUGUACAGUUUUGUGGUAGAGAAAGAGUAGUUUAGUCUUUAACAGAGUUGAAAAUCUAGAGUCCUGAGGUGUUUCGGUUCUGAAAGGUAGCCUUCUGCCUUUCUUUGGUCAAAUAGAUAAACUUCUUGUGCCUCAGUUUUAAUCUGUAAAUGGAAACAAUCCUUGUUUGUCUUUUGGACCUAUGAAUAAAUGGCGCAGUUAUAAGCACAAGAUAUUAUUUAUAGUAGUCAUAAGUAUUGUGCACUUUUAACUGAAGUACUUUUUGAGAACCACUUUCCAUUCAACUAUGUAAUUUUGGAGUAAAAUUGCUUGCUGAAAGAUUUGUUUCCAGGUCAGCUUUUUUGUGUAGUCAUAUGUGUUGUAUUAUCUUCUCUUGUUAAAAUGUUGCAUCUCCCGAAAGUAUUUAUCAGAAUGCUUUUAUACUGUGAAGGGUGCAAUGAGAGAUUGGUCCUGUCAGAACAGGGGCAUCUGGUGGAAAACAUUUAGCAACCUAUUUUUUAUUCAAAUCUCAUUUAUAGAUUAAAAAAAAUUAUGUGUACCUGCUGCCCAAUGGAAUAAAGUCAUCAAGAUGCAA